CUUUUAGUAUCACUGUCAAGCCAACUAUAUAUUUAAGAUUGCGUCUGGCUGUGGAGUGCACUCGCUGAACGUACAGAAACCGCUAUACGUCCUUGAGAGUUUAAGUCAGACAGUAAAAAUUCUGUUUACGUUUAUUUUUUUAUAGUUGAUUACUUUAACACAGUUUUUAAAGCAGAAAGAUGGAAGGUCUAUCACAAAAUAAGGACGAUUUUACGACAAAUGUUUCUCCACCACCAUAUACACCAAAAGCAGAAGUGGCAAUGCCUCAUAAACCACAUCCACAACUACAACCUCCUCAACCAGGAUUUGUUCCAAAUGUAACCCAGUCAUGUUCACAAGUUACAGUUAUACCAGCAUUAAAACUCGGUUCCGACAGUCAAAUGGUUCAUUGCACCUACUGCGGAGUCCGCGAGAUGACCCAUAUUAAAUAUAAACCAAAUUCGAUGACUCAUGUUAUUGCGUUAAUAUUAUGCGCUUUGUGCUUGCCCUGUGUAUGCAUUCCAUAUAUUUGCGAAUCGUGUCAAAGCACUCAUCACUAUUGCUCAAAUUGUAAGGCGUACUUAGGAGAAUAUCGUUCAUAAAUAUACAUCCAAUACUUCGUGGAAUAUAGAUUUAUAAAUAUUUGGUACUAUUAUUAGGUUAAGGUUAAGAUGAUAUAAGCACUGUUGCGAACUCUCAGUUAUGACUCAAUCUUCUUAUAUAAAACUGUUGAAUCUAAUUUUUAAGGUUUCAUUCAAUUUUUUACAAAUUUUACACACAAACAAUAAGUGCUAACGUUUUACUAAAUCAAAAUCGUGCUUUAAAGACAAAGUGAACUAUUUAUAAAUAGUAAUAACCUUGAAUUGAUUCCAUUGGCAGUCAUCCAUUUCGUUAGUGUCUCUAUAGAUUUCUUCCUGCGGGUACAGAAAAAAUAUAGGUAAAAAAUAUGUUUUUGUAUUGCUAUCAAAACAAACUACUUAUUUUACUUAGAUCUUUUGAAAUCUUUAAUUAAAUUAAUGUUUUUAUUUAUUUAUCGUUAAUUAAUUUAACAAUAUUUGCAUCAAAUUCUUGUUGGACUGUAAUAAUUGUUGUUGAGUUUACAUAAAAUAAAUGACUUUGGUUUGGUAAA